AUGCGAAUAUCAAGCCUCCAGCUUGAAGAAAACAAUCCUACAUUGCCACUUUUUCAUCCUGACCACGAGAUUGAGGACUACGCAGCGGAUUCUCCAGAGUGGCACUCCUCAGAUGAUGAGAUGGUCCAGAAUUGCCAGCUGUAUGACUAUGAGGGACGUCUUCAAAGGCAAUCUGAUGACUAUGCAAACCUCGCAUUGGAGCACUACAACAACGAUGAGAAGAAUGAGAUCAAGUAUGAGUUAAUCAAAGCGAUAAUCAGCAGUGCAAUGUGGAAUCAAGUUUUAUAUGGUCAUGUAAACUUCAUAGCAAAAGGCACUUUGAAGAAUUCAAAGGAGGAGUUCUUCUUUGCAGAGCUACGAUAUGAAUAUGAUGUAGGUGAUUAUGUGCCUACGUGCAUAGUUGCUCUUGAAGAAAAUGAAAGAGUUGAUGGGUUUGGGGGAACUGAGAGUGAAACGGAUCGCAUGACUAAGCGUAUUGAUAAUCAGCACUACUAUGCUUGUGGAGAGCUAGUUAAGCACCCAGCAGAUGGGUCAUUGUACGAGGCUAGUCACAUUGCAAAUCAUUGUUGUUAUGGCCAUUGGUACUGA